ACACAUUUCAGAACGUUUCCUUCUUGCCGAUUCUUUUAUAACGCUUCCUAUGAAAAUUGCGCGUUUGCGAGGUGCAUAAUUGACAUUUUGUAGAGAAAUCUCUGCAUUGUUCAUUAAAAAGUGUUUUAUUUUAGCAAAAAUUAUUGACAUACCUAUGUUGGAGUUUGUUCGAACUUAUAUUCAGAAAUUGUAAUGCGAUAAGCAAGAUUUACAUAUUUAGUAGUGCUCUUGAAGUGUUUUCAGUGCUUUCGUUUUUCCUCUACGCUUUGUUCCGAUAUUCUCCAUUUUCAUCUUGGUAGGAGCUUUCGCAUUUUUUUGUUUAUUGUAUUAAAUAAACUCUGGUGCUUUACUGCAUUACAUGCAACGAUUUAAGAUGGCAGAAACAUGAGAAUACAAAGCAUUUAAAGGGAAUUUGAUAAAAAUUAAACUUUUCGAUGGCGAGUUCAGUGUUCGUUGAAAGUUGCACCAAGCCCUUAAAGGGUGGUGUUGGCUCUGAAAAUGAAGUUGCUGUUUCAGAAUGCCCUGAUUCCAAUUUGGUUGUGGUCUAUGGAAAAAAAGGAGUGAACUUUGAUCAUCGAGGAAUAGAGAAUCUCAUUGAGGAAAAAACACUCUCCUCGAUAAGUGUUAUACGUUUAACGUCUCCAACGCCGAGUAUGAUAGAAGAAGAAAAAGAGGCAGAAAGAUCAGAAGAAUUUCUUCGUAGACAAGCUGAAGGUUUAUCUGACAUUGAAUCAAACGAUAGUAGUGAUAAAAAUAGCUCUAGCGAUGAUGAGGUCGCAUAUCACACCGGAAGUGAAGAAAUUCAUACAGCUGAUGAUGAAAAGAGUGAUGUUAAUGACGAAAAUUCCGCUGACAACGGUAAAUUCGAAACUCGAAAGAAGAAACGAAAGAAUAGAUGUAAGAUGCACACUAAAGGUAAAAUACUUAACAUUCAAAGUAAAUUGCCCAAAGAGCGUCCUGAUAUUAUUGGGUUGACAGUAGAAGAGUUUUAUCCGCCUGUAUCCGCAAAGGAAGUAGUGAAAGAAGCGCUAAAGUUGGCAGGGGUUUCAACAUUCAAACGUACCGCAGAUUAUGAGUUCCAGUUAUUUGUAAUUAAAAAUGAUCACUGCUACACUCCGUACACUUCACCUGCACAAAUGAAAGCAAAACUAGCCGAAAAAUAUAAGGCAGAAAAGCAUGCAGUAAUCGGACGAAAAAUAAUUCCUCACACUGCGAUAACUAUGAAGCAAUUACAAUUGAAAAAUAAAGUUUUUCAAGGUGCUAAUGACUUUGUUGAACUACCGAAUUUGCAAUCAGUUAAAGACCAAAAUAUUAAAUUAAAUAAGAUACUUGUCACCUCUCAGAAACAAGAAAACAUAGAUGGACAUACAAAAGGUGAUACAGAACAACUCAGUUCAGAAACAGAAACAGACUUUGAUAUACUAAGUGAGGAGUCUGGAAAUACCGACAAUGAUCGCGAUAGCGACUUGGACUUCAACGUCACUAACAGGAAGGGUACGAAGAAAAAAGAACUUGUUAAUAAAGCAAAACGCCUGUCAGCUGGAAAAGUAUAUGUUAAACGUCUUUUACAAUCUCAUGAUGAAGGGGAUGAAUCCCGAAAUAACAUACGGCCAGUUACCAGCAACGUUUUUAACCGUCCGAAUAAGAUUGUAUCACCUGUUAAAAUAGCGGGUUGUACACCUAUAGGAGUCAAACAACUGCUUUCAGAUGCUGUUGCAGCUCUACCACCAAUUCCAAAACGCUCCACAACGGCACAAAUAGACGAAAAGGCAAUCAACCCAGUUACAAGGCCACAACCAAUACCAAGUGGUAUACGCAGAGGGCCCAUUAUAGAAGUGAGUGGGCAAAAAACAACAAGCGUUCGCUCUCAGCUGCAAGGAUCGCCGCAUACGGUGAAAGAAAUUGUUAUUAAUAAGGUUAUGGCUAGUCCAAAGGGCGGAUUUACGGAAAUAGGACAGUUACUAUCUCAAAAAGAAAAGCUAACUCCAACCACUCCGACAAGUAGCACUCCAACAUCCCCGACAAGUAGCACUAAGAAUUUAGGCAACCAUUUAAUGGUUGCUCAGUCGUCCUCAAGAGGAUUUAUGCCUCUGGGUGUUGAAACUGCUGUUCAAAAUAAAUUACCUGCUCAAAUUUCAAUUCAAACUCACCAAAGCACAUCUGAAUUGGCUGCAAAAACUAAGGUUUCGAUGGAGUUGAAAUCAUCUGUUCAGCCGGUUAUUGUUCAAUCAAAUGUAUCUACCAUACACUGUUCACAAAAGGAACAAAUGUCUUCGGAACUGGCUGCAGAGCAAUUUGAUCUCAUCGUUUCAAUUGUAAAAGACGAAAUGCAGAAAUCCGCCAUGAUAGAAUCAUCAAAUUCAAAAGAAAACAUACCUAAGUUGGUGCAGAUGUUAGAAAAAGUCGAACAUAACUUGGAUUCAAAGACCAUACAAUCUAACAAGGAAAAAAAUCAAACAAAUUUCGGAUCUACUGAAACUACCGUAGAUGAUAUUGACAUUGCUAGCGCGCCACUCUUAGAAACACCGGAUGGCGAUGAGAUCCCAGAUGAUUUGCUUCAGCACGUUGUGGACCUUAUUGAAGACGAUGAAACCUUACAAGAGGCUGUUGAAAAGCAAGUGUUUGGAGGAGUUCAAAGCGAGAGAAUUGCGUGUGUGGCUUCCAGUGACACAGUUAAUACAAAGGUGUCAUCGACGAUGACAAGAUCUGUUGCUCCUACCAUUCAAGCGCAUAUUUCUGAAUCAAAACAAAGAAAAAUUACUGACAUGCUGGUUCCUAAGAAGGUUUCAUCUAAUGUCACCAGUGUUAAACACGAACAAUUGGAGCUUGGAAUCAAAGGUUUGGAUGCUGUACCUGCCAUUACUCCUUCAUCUGUCGAAGCAAACUUGUUUGAAAAUCCAAUUCGGUUGGAAACAAAAGAUGCAAGCACAACAAAAGCAGUCACCCCCACAUUGAAGAACAGUUCACAGGCAGCGAAUUCGAGACAGAAGAUGUUGAAUCCAUCCGUCUCUCAAAAUAAGCGACAAAUUCCAGUUUUGCAGCACGAUCUCAAGAAUAAAAUAGAUGCUGCAAAGUCAUGUUUGGCGAUCACAGCUACGAAAAGCCCACAGCAAAUGCCGAAGGACACCCAUAAGUUUGCGCUACCGCAAUCAACACAAAAUGAUGAACGAACCUCCUGUAUUGUUUGCAAAAAAGUAGCACGCCCAAAUUCAAUAUAUUGCAGUGAUGACUGUAUUCGAAAGCAUGCACAGAAUGCUCUUAAUAUGUUUGCAGCUGCUUCAGCAGCUAAGUAUCCAGACCUCACUGCAGUUUCUAGCACCAUUGAAGAAACCAGCGCAAAGAAGAAAAAGCAAAAAGGGCUUUUUGAGGACAUCCUUUCUAUGGCUGACAGAAAGCCGAAAGUUGAACGGGUGCAUGUGAUUGAGCGGAAAAGCGGUAGGGUGUUAACUGGGAGCAAUGCGCCUACAACACUAAAUCUUAAAAAAUGGCUUCAGGAAAAUCAGACGUUUGAGGUUGUACAACCGGGAGCCUUCCAAGCUCAAGGAAUGGAAAAGAAACAAAAGCAACGGCAAACACAACUAUCUCCUGUGAUUAUUUCUAGUGUUGGCAAACAUAUCACGCAGUCACCUCACACCACACAGAAUGUGCAAGUGGCUGCGUCUCCAAAUCCUACAAGCGUUUCCAAAACUCUUCAGUCUCAAAAAGAAUUCGACUCGGUCCUACCAGUGCAAAAGCCGGUAAAGCAAUUCAUUGAACAAAUAGCUAAAACUGCGCCAAACAGUCCUCGACCAGGUACACCCAAACAACUACAAAAGUAUCCACAACAAGUUUCAAUCAAACCAGACAAAGCGGCCCGCAGUGAUGCAAAAGAAGAUACAAAGGAGCGAAAGGAAAAGUCAUCGAAACAGCGGUCAGUAGUGGAUAUUGUUGUCAAAAAGCAUUCCGAAAAUGCUUCACCUGUAAGCACAAACUCUGAACCGAUUCGACUGAAUGUACGCCGUACUCUAAAAGAACAAUUGAUCCAGCGAAUGAACGAAUUGAGAGCUGAAGGUGAGAUUGGCAACAAAACUAAUGAAAAUUUGCCAAAAUUAAAUAUAGAGGAAAUAGAGAAAUUUGUUUUGGAAACGGAAGCAGAAAUGUACGAGUAUUUUAAUCGAGAUACCGGCUCUCGAUACAGGGCUAAAUAUCGAUCAUUGAUGUUCAACAUUAAAGAUAGAAAGAAUCGCACCCUAUUUGCUAAAAUUUGUACUAAAAUAAUACAACCUAGGCAACUAGUUCGAAUGUCAGCGGAUGAGUUAGCAAGCCAAGAAUUGGCACAAUGGCGCGAAAAUGAAGCAAAACAUCAGUUAGAAAUGAUAAAGAAAUCAGAACUUGAUUUGUUGUCUUGUGCUAAGAACUAUGUUUUAAAGACUCAUAAAGGAGAGGAGGUAAUAGAGGGUAAACUAGAGGACUGUGUUAAUUUAGACGUGACUAUUCCUGUUGAGGAUGUUGUGUCCGUGUUAAAUAGCUCAGUUGUGAGUAGUAGUAGCGCUAUAGAAGAAAGUGCUAAAGCAGAUAUGGGGCCAACUGCUCUUUCUUUUGAUUAUCAACAAAAUGAUGGUAAUCCUUUAGAUGAAGAAAAUAAAAAAAGUCUUUUAAAGGAAAAUGAUAGAGAGCGCGACUGUGAGAGAGGUCGAAGCCGCGAACACGGCCGAGAUCGCGAACACUCUCAUACCCGUGCCCGCUCUCACGAUAGCGAUAACAGCCGAGAGAAGCAACGAAAAAAUAAAGACCGUUACAGAGAUAAAUCAAGAUCAAGAAAGCGCAGUAGAAGUCACUCUCGAAGUCGAAGCCGCAGUCGGGAAAAACGACACAAAAGCCAUCACAAGGAAGACAAGCGGGAUAAAGAAGAACGGGAUCAAGAAAAAGACAAAUUUAAAGAAAAAGAUCGUAGCCGUGACGCUCGAUUAGAGAAAGAGGAAUUCGAUAGUAAGACGAUUGAGAAAAACACAGUUUCGAAUUCUCCAUUUAAUGUAAAUUCUAUUAAGAGUAACGCAAGCAACAUCAUUAAAGACAAGAAUAAAUUAAAGAAACCGACAACUCCAAAAUCCAUAGAAACUUUCAGUUUAAUUGAUCAAAUAUUAGAGUCUACGAAAACUGUGGAGGAGGCUGCAAAUUUAAUCAGCGAAAGAGGGAAAUUAGGGGGGAAGGAAAAAGAAAGGCAAAAGAAAGAAUCGAGCAGACAAACUAUCACGCCACCUUCGCCCACAUCUUCAGGAAUUCAAUAUAUAUCUCAACCCAGACAUUCAGUUUCGAUUGGCAACACAAGUGAUGAUCAAGAACCAACUAGUACCGUCGCUACACCUCCACAAGACCCAUACAUUCGCUACUCUGAUGUUGACUCUCCAACAUUAAGUGGAAAUGUAUCUACGGCAUGUAUAUGGAGUGGCAACAUUAAUAUGGUCGACGUUGCCUCGUUCCAGAUUGUAAUUCAACCAGUUGUUGGCAAUUCCUUAAAUCUUGGAACUUUGUUACCAGAUGAAUUAGAUGUUGUUGGACGUAUUGGACCUGAUACUGUAUGGGAGUAUAUAUCGAAAAUCAAAAGGAGUCCCAACAAGGAGAUCGUCAUAAUACGUCUGAUCCCCGCCUCGGAAUCAGAAACUUCAGCAUAUAAAGUUUUAUUCCAAUACCUUGAAAAUAGAAAUCGUUUGGGUGUUAUAAAUACUGUUUCGCCGCAGAUUAAAGAUUUUUACAUAUAUCCACUGGGGGCAGGCAAGACAAUGCCCUCAGUAUUACAACCAACCGAAAAAGUAGACUUUUAUGAAGAUCCUUAUCGGCCGGAUAUAUUGAUGGGUGUCGUAGUGAGGAUAAUUGGAAAACGUCACUCCGCGGUAUCUACCAUUUCGACAUCAUCAUCUACAUCUAAAUCCUACCGGCGUGGUACAGAAACGGUCAGCUUUACUCCACCCGGCAGUCCAAAAAGAAAGAGGCGAAUGCAUGCAUCUACACCAAAAGUUGAUGAAAUCGACGUGGAUGCUAUAAUAAAAGCUCCAAUCACUGCAAAGUCACACAAAUCUACUUCUAUGCUACUAACAUCUGUAACCGAUGAUGCUGAUGAGCCAUAUUCACCCGGAGGAAGUUCCGAUGAUGAUACCCUCAUUGCAUCAAAAAGGGCAGUAAGAGCCGAUGAGGAUGAAUUGAAACGAAAAAUGGAAGAGUUAAACCGCCAAAUCGCUGCACAAGAAAAGGAGAUAGCUGGUCUGCUAAAUGUAGAAUCGUCGUGUUUUGCGGCUUCGUCAUCAUCUAAGACCUCCGCAGCUUUGGCAAAUAUAUCUAUCCCCUCAAACCUUUCUCAAAUACUUGCCAGCAUAAAAAGCAAACCAGAAGGUGGCCAAACGCAAUUACCUGCAUCUGCACUACCGUCACAGACGUCCCUGAUUAAAACUGCAACAAAAGCCUUUAGUAAUUUGGGUCCAGAUGAAGAGUACAAUCCUGAGUUGGUUUCAUUUGAAACAAGCGCAAAACCUGCAGGAAAGACAUCUAGCCGCUUAGCUCAGUUAAGUGAAGAGGAGCUUCUGAGUAUGGUUCCUGACGGCAUGAUAGAUAUUCCACCUGUUCAAAAACCUCAGCCCCUUUGCAAGGAAAUAAAAACGCAUUUUGACGAGCCGCCACCUCCGGGCGUUUAAAUUAUUCACAACACGCAAUCAUUCUCUAUGGUGGAUCAAAGCUCCUCGUUCGUGUUAAAUAAACAAUUUUUACAUUUACAUACAUGCAUACAUAUGUACAUUUCCCUAAACUAUAAAAUUAAUCAUCAUACUUACGUAAUAGUAUGCAUUACUCAUACAUACCUGUUCAUGAAAAUCGUUAGGCAUUUUUUCUGGGGUUUAUAUAAAUCUCAUUUUCUUAUUGUUUAUUUACACAAUAUACACUAAAUUGUUAUUUUGCU